AUGGCAAGAUUCACAAGAAGCUUGUCUUUUAAUAGAUUUUUCUUUAGCUCUAUUCAAAACCGAUGGCAGCGACAUGUGGACAUAUACUCAAGGACCAUUAAAUUGCCAACAGAUAUACCGUACUUGAUUGAGCUUCGGUUUGUGGGUACAAAGUUGGCGUUACGCCGAGUAAAUCUGCGUCUGUGCAUGAGACACUAUUGUUACAAAAUUGGACCUCGCGCCUAUGAUGCACUUAAUGGUAGCAACAACUAUCAGCAAUUGUAUGGUGCAAGGAAAAAGAGGCGUCGCGAUUUACUAACAAACCUAAAGUCAAAAGUAUUCACCCUUACGAUAAAAUUGGACAGCAGCGACAGAUUAGGACCAAAUUUGGUACGCUUCUCGCAUAUUCAGCUUCAAGGGCAUCGCUUCUUGCUUACAACCCAUUCACAGUGUUUACGUUUCAAGCGCACAAUGACAAUAAUUAUGGCUUUACAAGUGAUCAAACACAAAGAUCAAGCUAUGUUGAAUAGAAAAGUCAAACGACUAUAUGACGCCAUUCCAAACUACGAGGUCAAAGAUGGAUUGAAAUGCAUUCUAAAACUUUACCCGAAAUGUAAUGCCAACAUUCAAAGCAUAGAAAAUAACGACUUGGGCAGUAGUGCAGCAAACUUGGUUGGUAUAUUGUCUUUUGAUCUUCCAAAGCAUAAUAAGAAAACAGUCAUACCUGUCAUCCUGGAUAGCCUUCAGACAGCAUGA